AUGGAGCGGUACGUCGUCGCCCCCUAUCUUCGCGCCUACCUACACCGAUUCGCAGCUUCGGUGUCCGCGGCGAGCUGCGACGCGGGGGAGGUGGGCGGCGAUGUCUGCCGCAACGAGGAGGCCGCUCUGCGGCUCAAGAUGGUCGCCGUCGCGGCCAUCCUUGUCGCGGGCGCCGCCGGCGUCGCCAUCCCGCUCGUUGGCCGCAGGUGGCGUGGUGGGGUUGCAGCCGGUGGGGGCGGGUACACGUUCGUGCUCGCCAAGGCCUUCGCCGCGGGGGUGAUCCUGGCCACGGGGUUCGUGCACAUGAUGCACGACGCCGAGGAGAAAUUCCAGGACCCUUGCCUCCAGGACUCGCCGUGGCGGCGGUUCCCCUUCGCUGGCUCCAUCGCCAUGCUCGCCAGCCUAGUGACACUGGUCGUGGACUUCCUCGGCACCCAGUUUUACGAGCGCAAGCAGCGCGAGGCGGCUGCCGCCGCCGCAACGAGCGCCCAAGAUGAGACAGCGGCGGCGCUGCUGGAGGACGGGAGGAAUGCAGGAGGCGCGAAGCGUGAAGGAGCGGUGCACCACGGCCACGGCCAUGGCCAUGGUCACGAGAACGAGGCGGGCCCGUCCCAAGGUCGUCAGGUGGUUGUUUCCCAGAUUCUGGAGUUGGGGAUUGUAUCACACUCGGUGAUCAUCGGGCUAUCGUUGGGUGUUUCGCAGAGCCCGUGUACCAUCAAGCCUUUGGUUGCUGCCCUCUCCUUCCACCAGUUCUUCGAGGGUUUCGCUCUAGGUGACUGCAUUUCCCAGGCCCGGCUGAAGGGUCUCUCUACGCUCUUGAUGGCUUUCUUCUUUGCCAUCACAGCACCCACAGGGAUCGCCGUGGGGGUGGCCAUGGCGUCAUUCUACGACCCAUACAGCCCCAGGGCGUUGGUGGUGGAGGGCAUUCUUGAUUCCAUGUCAGCUGGUAUACUGAUCUAUAUGGCACUUGUGGAUCUCAUCGCGGCUGAUUUCCUUGGCCAAAGGAUGAGCAGCAGCCCGGCCAGGCUGCAGGCUGGUGCAUACAUUGCAUUGUUUUUCGGGGCCAUAGCCAUGGCAUCCCUUGCCAUCUGGACUUAG